AUGCAGCAGUCAGGACAGCGCCCUCCCUCAGCAUCUGCACGGGCCCAGUUUCCUCACCACCAGAGAUAUGGCCGCCACACCAGUACGAAUCGCCAAAACAAUCCACCAUGUAACACGACUGCUGAUCUGGAACGUAGGCUGUUGAAAUUGGCCAACGCCAACAACUGGAUGUAUCUAUUGCCAUUAAAAUUGUUGGUGACGAGACCAGAACUACGCAAGCUUGACCUGGGCUUAUUCCUCGACAUGCAACUCCAUUUUCUAUCUGAAGUGAGUGCAAUGAAACGUUUUGGAAGGUGGUGGCUUUGGCAGAGGACUAAGUUCCUGAAAGGUAGAGGCAUUGACGCCCAAUGCGAUAUUGCCGUUGCAAUAGAUGAUCUACGCACGCAGGGGAAGUGCUCGGGUAAAGUGGCUCGGCCAGAUCUGAUUCACACCAGUCCUCCAAUAGUGAAAGGCUCUGAUCAGUUUGAUGGCCCCGGCUUAGUGUGUCAUCAUUGUGGCCAACAGUUCCCGUCAGAUCAAUUGACUAAACGAGCCCUCUUGAAGAUGAAGAUCAAUGCGCCAUCCUACGCAUGUAUCAACUGCAUUUCAAUCCAUGUGACAAUGUGCAAGAAGGAAAAGGCUGAUGGUUAUUUGAACAAGCGUCUAGCGAAGACAAAAAUAGAAGAGGACCUCAAGUGCCAAGCACGCGAAACUGUCGACAUGGAAGCAAUGCUUGAGGAGCUCAAUGUUCCGAUUCACACCAUUGGUCCAACGUGCACUGAGCAAAUAGAGCUAUGCAAACCAAUGACACUUGUCACAUAUAGGCUACCAGUAUGUGCAAAUCCCGAAGAUCCAAUUGAUGGUGCAUCAUUGUCCCCUUUGGCUUUCCUGGAUUGCCAUUGGCCUGAUAAGAGGGCAAGUAAUCACGGUCGUGUUCUUAAUCUGGAGAACGAACAAGAUGGUACAGAAAUCCUAGUCCUGUUUGAAUCAGCACUUGACAGUAAAAGAAAAGAAGAAGAGGACUUCAUCCUUCUAUUGUCCCAUGCAACAGCCCCCCCCUUCAGCCUCCAUGCAUUUUCCAAGUCGGAAACAGAGCAUAUUGUUAUGCAAAUGAAAGGACCCAGAGCUGGGGCUGCAUCGGGGUACACUCUCCCAGGUGUGGAAAGUAGCCAGCUAUCAAAGUGCACUAAAAAGGGGUGUGUCAUUUUCCCCCUGGUUCAAAGUCCUGGUGGAGGUGUGAUUUACCAUGGCAGCCAUGGUCGACCAGUGUGCUUCAAUGGUGUCUACCCAAAAAUGGACAUGAGACGAAUGAAUAAGAAUCAAAGGGAACAGGAGAUCAAUGGUGAUCGCUCCCAACAGGAUGUGAUUCUGUCAGAGAUGAUUUGUCGGAUCAGGUCUAUUUGUGUGGCUUAUAAGUAUGUGAGCCAGAAGCGAUACAGGUCAGCCUUGCAGACUUGGAAGAAGACUUUAAGAAGAGCCAUCAAGUGGCAGUCCAAAAGAAGGGAUGGUUGCAAGCAGAAAGGGUGGUUCCAUGACAUGAUGGAGAAAUUCGUCUCCAUUCAAGGGCAUUCAAUCCUUGGAGCAUCUCUUCUUAUUGUUGCUGGGACCACUGGAGCAAUGAAGAACCACCAAGCAACAGCAGUGCACAAAGAUGGAAACACCAGCCAUGUUGUUGAAACUUUGGCUUACUACUCCCGUAUCAAGGUAAAUGAAAUGGAGUGUCCCAGCAAUUUUCCCAACAGUGAACCCUUCGCAUAUAUGUUCCUGCCUGACUACUGUGCUGCCCUGGCACUUCGCCCUUGUCUUCAUCUGAUGAAUUGCAGCUUGAAGAGUAUUCGACAUGUGGCAGAUUAUUCAAGGAACCAUUUGAACUGGUCCUGUGCAUAUGGUCCUAAAUAG